AUGGUCGGUCGAUCGCGAUCGUAUGUACGUGUGGGAGGAGGGCAUUCUUGGAGAAACGUACGUCAAACAACGCACCUUUGUUUUGCUUCCUUUCUCUGUAGUACUCGGUCGGUGGAUUUCCCUGUAUAUGUUAUGUUUCCUUAAAUACAACAUGAUCUAAUGUGUCGCAGUUUUUAGGGGUUCACACUUUCCGGAUUUCAUUUCUUCAAGUCUUUAUAUCUGGAAUACAUUUAGGAAGCUUGUUGUUACCAUGUCGGUUGAAGACCCAUUCUUUGUUGUCAAAGAGGAAGUUGAGAAAGCAGUCAACAACUCAGAAACCUUAUACCAAAGAUGGUCGGAGGUUCUAGAAGACCCAGACUCGGUUAGUAAAGAAGAAUAUGAUUGGACAACGAAUGAGCUCAAGAAUAGUCUGCGAAGUAUAGAGUGGGAUCUAGAAGACCUAGAAGAAACUAUAGGUAUCGUAGAAGCAAACCCACGCAAGUUUAAAAUUGAUGGGAUGGACUUAGACGAGCGACGAUUAUUUGUGGAGAACACCAAGAAACGAGUGAAGGAGAUGAAAGAACAUAUGUCAAGUCCUAAGACCAAAUCAAAAGAAGAAAGCAGGGGAAGACAGUUUUUAAUGAGCAAUGGACCAACUAAAGGACUGGGAAAGUACUCACGGUUAGACAACGAAAUUGAGAACUCAAAUCAGAAUUUUAUCGAAAGUACAAGACAACAACAAGAAUUGAUUGUAGAAUCCCAGAAUGACCAGCUGGAUCAGGUGGUGGAUAGUGUGGGCGUUCUCCGUCAUAUGGGACAAGCAAUAGGCAACGAACUAGAUGAACAAGCUGUAAUGCUUGAUGACUUUGGAGCUGAAUUAGAAAACACAGACUCUAAGCUUGAUUCAGUUAUGAAAAAGAUGGCAAAAGUUACAAGAAUGUCUAAUGAUCGCAGACAGUGGAUGGCUAUCUUUACUUUACUCAUCGUCAUGGUAGUAGUCAUCAUACUCUUCUUUGUUCCAUGAGCAAUUUGGGGGCAGCAGACAUUUUAUCUGAAACAACAGUAUGUGCAUACAGGGCAUUGGGUUGAAAACCUGUCUUCCAAAUCUUCCUCUUUAGAGAGAAGCUACUCUGGAAAACACGCCCUCUAUAAAUUGACUUUUUGUACAACCCCUGUGAUGUUGUCAAUUUAUGAAAUCAGAGCAUUUUUCUCAUGGAAACUAUCUUGUGUUUUACGGACCUAUCCUGAUGCGUAUUUGUACUGAAUAUGGAAGUAGCCCACUGGUGCUACAGUUGUACACCAACGCCUUGAACUUAAAACUAUAUAUGACAUCAAUUACAUCUUUCAAUGGAUCCAAUCUAAAGUUCCACUACGAAAUAAUCUAUUGUUCUUGGUGAAAGAGCAGUUGAGUGGAUCCAUUCUAUAGUAUUAAAUAUACAGAGAAUAAUAUGAAAAAUUGACAUCUUUACAGUAUAUGAUCAAAGGUUGCAGUUUGUGCUGAUAGUGGAUCCAUUCUACUUAAUGGUUGCUACUCUAUGUUAUCCUGAAUGCUAUGAUAUUAUUGGUAUGUUGCCGCACAUGUUUGUUUUGAUCCAAAGUUACGUAAAUUUAAAAAGCAAAAAUUAUGAAAAAGUAAAUUAAACGGUAUGUUUACAGUGCGAGAUUAAAUUCAGACCAUUCUUUUUGAAUGCACACAUAUUAUUGGUACGACUCUGUUUUUUUUUGGUAUGCUACUGCCAACUGUUAAACCUGCUUUUAAGUAUCCAAGUAAAUUUCUCCUAAUUUUAAGAAAUACCCAACUUCAUCUUGGACCCUCCCAAUAUUUGUUUAUCACAGUUUGAAUGUAUGGAUUCAGUAUGCUGGUAGCCCACAAGAUACAACCUGUAUCUGGAUUAAUACCAUUGAAGUUUGAGCACCUUACCUAGCUUAAAACUUGUGAUUCCUUCCACCUGGGGCCAUACCCACCUGGCAUUCCACUCACCCACAUGGAACUCCAUCCCUUGAAAAAUAAACCCCCUUAAUUUGGUUAUACUUAUAUACAGUAGUAAUAGUGGUUAUAACAAUGAAAUUGACAUUACAGUAUAUGAAUAGAUUACACUCGGAUAUCUCAUAUUUUUGGUUGGUUUAUUGUACACAUUAUUGUCAUUAGUAACAUAAGAUCAAUGUUUCAAAGGUAACAUAUUCAUGUACUUUAUUGUAACAUUUUACAUCCAAUGAACUACUGUAACCAAAUUUUAUAGGAGAAUAUUAUUUUUGUUAUUGUUGUAAUAUUAGUAAUUUGUUUUUCAUAAUAUGAUACUGUUAUUAUACUGGCAUUUAUCAUUACUUUUUAAAACCUUUUUUGUUUGUAUAAAAUGCUCACCCAAUAAAAUCAGAACUGGUAAUUUUAAAUUGGAUCAAAAUAACAAUAAGCAGUUCACUACUGUUCAAUACUGUACUGUAAAUAACAUUUAUUAUUUUUAUUUGAAACUUAAUUUGAAUAUUAUUUCUAAAUAUGUAAUAAAAAUAAAAUUUUAGCUAGAAACUUUAAUUGAAUUAUUAUUUAAUAUCAACAAAAGUUGCAUCAAUCAUGUUAUUCAGUAAAUAACUAAAAUUAAUUUUAAAACAUAAAACAGUUAUCGACAAUUAAUUGUUUAGAUAAAAUGUAUACAGUACUUUGAAUGUAUCAUACAAAGUACACUUCUUAUUUAAAUGUAUGUUUAUUAAUAUCAAUUUAUUACUUUCUAAAUGUAAUCUUGAUAAAAUAUCAACAUUGUGUGCAUGGAAUUAAACCAAUGAUGCUGGAUGCUAAUUGUUGGUGCUCACCUACUAAACCAUAUCUUAUAAGAUUGUUUCAAUAUAAUACAGUACCUUUAAAAUAUGUAUUCAUAUAUUUUUAGCAUCCCUGUGUUUUUCCAGUCUGUGUUGUCAUUUUAAUUAAUUACCAUUAAUUUCCUCAGUGAUUGAACGUUUAAUUAAUCAUGGUUAUUAAUUGGUUUUAGUAUUAAUUUAAUUGAUUUACAAGGUUUCAGUAAUUAGCUGACAAUACAUUACCAUGGUGUGUAAGAAUAUAAACAAUUUUAAAAAUACUGUGUGUACCUUCUCUGUUGUAUAAUAAAUUUUCUCUAAUUAUAUAUUUUAAAUGAAUAGAUCGUAUGCACUCUAGGUUGAUCAUUACUCUUAUUUAGUUUGUAAAUACCUGUGUAUUAUUUUUUUCUGAUGUUUACCAUCUUGUUGUAACUCAACUGUCAACAUAAGAGUGAAAAGGGAAAGUAAAUAUCAACUUUGUACAGGAGGUAUUUUAAACUUGCUGUAUGUUUUCCAUCCAUUCUACACCUGUAGUGAACUGCCAACAAUUUUGCUGGUUAAAACAUAAGAAAAAUUUAUAAUGUAAGUGAAGCUCUGUCCAAUAAAAGUUUCUGUAAGUAAACAUAAAUAAAUUAAAUAUCAAAAUAUCAAAAGGCAGGUUGCACCUGUUAUGUAAAUAUGAAGUCACAGGUGUGCAGUUGCACAGCUGCGUGUCAUUGUACAUCUGGUAAUGUUGAAGUUUUUGGUGAGCUGCAUAUAGAAUUUUUUUUUAUGGCACAGGAUGACCAAAUUUUCUAUAAAAGGUCAUGACCUUGAUAAAUGGAACAAUCAUGUAGACUUGUAUAAAAAAAAUACAACUGAAUGUAACUGAAUAAUUUAAAGUGUCGAGUUGUAGUUCCAUGAUAAAAAUGUACAUAUAGAUAACUAUAAGAAACAGCACUAAUUUAUGUCUAAUAGCAUUCUAGAUUAUAAGUAUUAGUACAGUAGUUUGCAGGGAAGCAGAUUCAAAACAUUGUUUCUUCAUUUUAAUUAAUAAAUGUCUGAAAUGUAUUUACAAAA